UUUUGACAAUAUAAGCAAUUAGUUAAUGAACGGUUUUAUGUUCGUUUGUCAUGGUCUAUAUGUGAGAAAACAGAUAAAAAAUUAUUUUUAUAUGAAAUGUUUAAUGCAUUUCCUGCUUGGACUGUUAUUAGUUCUGAUAGGUACACCGUACACAUAUGAUCCCCCCUCUAUGUCUAGGAGUAAACUAUUCGCUACUCAGCAUAUACAUACAUACCAUCAGAAAUUUUGAACAAUUUGACCAAAGCCACCCUUGUGUGAUGAUGUCGAAACAUGUUUAAGGUAGAAGGCAGAUGGUAGACAAAGGGAGAUAUACUCCCUCUGAUCUUAUUGAGCCGUACAAUUAGCAUUCUUAUUUUUUCCUUUUUGAAUCUGUUUUAAUAGUUACUCUUAGUAAUUUUUUAUAUUUAGGUAGUAUAGCCCACUAUUUUUACAUUUUCUCUCUUGCUUUUAGCACUCUCUCACCUGAAUUUUACAUUAUUUGUCUUGUUUUCCCAAUUCCUCUCACAUACUUUUUCCAUUUGCUCCGGUUAUCCUAUAAAGUGAAGUGGACUUUGAAAUAAAAAUAAAAAUGAGGGGAUUAUAUGAAACCACAAAUUCAGGGAUAGAAUUGGAAUGGACAUACUUGUUUGAUACUGCUACCUUAUUUCUGUUCAGACCAGAUUAAAUCUGAUUUCCUACUGUAAGCAAAACUUAUUUUACAAAUCUAACUUAUUUCAUACUGGACCAAAUAAGAGUAAAUCAAAUCAUCUUAGUUUAGAAAAUGAAACGUGACUCUAGGUACCUUGUUACUUGAACCAUAUUACGAAACAUGCGACCAGUUUAAGUGUUUAACUUGGUAAACUAAACAUACCCUUAGUUGCACUGGCACCUCUCAUAGCUGUUCGGAUUAUUGUUUGACUUGGUUUUAACCCACUUGAAAAACAGAAGGAAAUUCUUUGAAGACCCUAAUAACAUCACUGUAUUUUAUUUAGAGAACGUAUUGUGUCGGACUCGUCCGACCAUAAUCUUUGGUCGGACGACUUUCAGGUGGUUCCAAUUUUUUUUCAGUUAGUCUUAAUUUUUUUUCAGGUAGUCUUCAUUUUUUUUUUCAGGUAGUCUUUAUUUUUUUUUCAGGUAGUCUUCAUUUUGUUUUCAGUUAGUCUUCUUUUUUUUUUCAGUUGGUUUUUGUACUUCAGUUAGACUUACUUUGGGUUUCAGUUGGUCUUUAUUCUUUUUCAGGUAGUCUUCAUUUUUUUUCAGGUAGCCUUCAUUUUUUUUCAGGUAGUCCAACUGAAAGAAAACAAAGUCCAACUGAAAGAAAACAAAGUCCAACUGAAAGAAAAGAAAGUCCAACUGAAAAGAAAAUAAAACACUAACCUCUGCUUUCUCUCACUUUCUCCUUCUUCUUCAUUCCUCUUCUGCCAUAAAGUCCUUGAUUACUGUAUCUGCGUUAUACCUUGGACGCACCUGGGAGUUCUUUUGUGUAUUUGGUGCAUGUAUUAUAGUUAUUCAAAGCCAAAAAUCAGUGGAGUUGCCUCAAUAAACUAAAGUUUUCUGCAAGAGUAUCCAGGGUAUCAUAGCUCUGAAUCAAAUGAAGAAGUUAUCGCAUUUUGUCAUUUUAGCGUAAUAUAACCACACCAACUGAAAUGAAAACACAAUUUGGAGGAAUCUCAUUACUGAACACCACUCGCCUCCUUAUCAUUCAAGGAGAGGGAAUGUGGGAAAGUUAGGGGUUUUGGGGAGGUGAAAAGUGUUGGGAAAAUGGUGAUGAUUGAGCUUUGUGAAGGGCCAAAGGAGAGGGUGUUUUGAGGUCACUGGGUCAGCCCGUCUGACAGAAAGUAUUUGGUCAGACGGUCUGACCCAAUACUUUCACUAUUAUUUAUGGCUUUGCCUGUACUUCAGCUGGUCGUAAUACUGUAAUAUAAAGAAGAAAUAUGGUUGCUUCUUAUUAUCUCUUCAUUCCAAAGAGUUGAGUUGUAUAUAGCCUCAUUCAUCUGGUUUGAUCUUCUUCUUCCUCACCCAGCUACCUUACGAUGGAGCUACCUUUUCUGUCUAACCUUUGUCCUAUUUGCUUCACGCAUUCCUUUUUUAUUUUGUUUUCCCCGUUUCUGUUUUGGUUGUUGUCUUUAGAUUUUCUUACACGCUUACUUCUUUCUUCCUCUCACUGGUCGUUUCUACCUCUCUGUCACUAUGAUUGCUUUUUUCCUAGCUCACUUAAAUGUUUGUCUCUCUUCCUUCUCUAAGAAAUCAGCCUCUUUUUUCAUCAACUAACCAAUUCUGAAAUGUGAUCUUUGCCAUUGAGGUAAUGCUUAGGAAAUACAUGGAACUGAUCCAACCUUUGCUCUGUUUUGUGGAGAUUGGAGACAGUGCUUCUGUGAUUCAUACCUGUGAUCCCCAAAUCACAAUGUAAUGCUUGAAAUUGUUCUUUGAGUCUCCUAUUUACAGAUGAAAUUGAUCACUGUGGACAGCAGUUGCAUUGCUACAUUCAUGUUCCUUUUAUGUAAUCAUGAGAUGUUGCUAAAUGGUUGAGCAUACGAUGAACCAAAUAUAUUGAUCUUAAACCCCCUCCGAGAAACCUGGGUUGCUCCACUGGUUACUAUGGUAAUUAUGUAUCUUACUCAUAUUUCCGUUUGAGCCAUUUCUGGCAAUGGAAGGAGCAUGUGAAAGUAACUUGGAGUCUCUCUCAGCUACCAUUUUUGAGCUGCCUGGAGAACCAGCUGUGGUGAUUAAUGGUGUCCCUGAUGUUGAUGUAGAUCAUGUGAAUAUAAUCCAAGGCAUCUCUCUAGCAGAUGGAAUAUCAAGGACCGAAAACUUCUAUAAUUCUACAUCUGAUACAGGAAAACCUAGAAAUACAGGCUUUGGUGUAUGGCUGGAAGGAAGAUUAGUACGGAAGUUGUUUGGUCAGAGAUAUUAUACUGGUACUGUGACUGAAUUUGACAAAGAAAGUGGCUGGUACAGAGUUGUCUACGAGGAUGGUGAUUUUGAGGAUCUGGAAUGGCAUGAGUUGCAGGAUGUGCUUCAGCCAUUAGAUAUAACAAUGCCUCUGAAAUCUCUAGCAUUGAAGAUCAUUCGCAAAAGCCAGAAAUCAGAACCUGCAAUUGAGGCAAAUGUGGUUGCAGAGACAACAAAUGGGGGAAAAUCUAAGGGUCGCAGCGGUAGGCCAAGGGGUGGCUCAUCUAGGAAUCUUGUUAGUAAAGAUUAAUGGAUGUGUUUUUGGCAAAUGGGUGAAACAACAGCUGGCUGAUAAUGGACUGUCCUGAGUUCAAACAAGUUAGAGAACAAUGGCACUGCAGAUCAUGUAGUUACCUUAAAAAGUGUGCAUCCCUAAUAUUUUAGUUGUCAAAGUCGCUGGAUGCUAUGAAAGGUUCCGGAUGCUUUCAAAUUAGUUAUAUAGCGAUGCAAGAGCAAAGAGGGUUGUGGCUAGUAGGGGAAAAAGUGAGUCCAAUGAUUGUCAAAGGUUUCAGCCUGCCAAUGUAAUAUUGCUUGUGUGUGCCUUUUUUUUUAUUUUUGUGUUUCCCCCUUGGUUUUAUUCUGCAUCUAAUUGUGGGUUAAUUGCGGAUGGUGUAUAAAAUAUAAUCAGUGUCACAAGAACUAAAUUGCUUGAGACUUGGAUAGAUUUAUGUUCCGAAGCUUAACAAGAGUAUCAUAGUGUUGAAGUUUUUA